AUUUUCAAAAAUGACGCUUUCGGAUGUCUUUCCUGUCACAUGUGACUAUGGAACUUUCAAAAUAUGUUGAACUGUUUCUGUUUCAAAGCAUAUAGUCCAAAUACAGUUUGACUAAAGAACAAACGACCUGAAGAUUGCACAGGUAUUCAGUGUUUGAUAACGCUUUUAUCAGUAACACCUAAUAUAACUCGUACCCACCAAGAUAAAUCAAAAGACAGAAUCGAGGAGAUUAGAAGUUGUAUUUGACGAUUGCCAAUACAUCGGAAUUCUCUGAUCUAAUCUGGCUAGCGAUUGCGGUAAAUGUUGAACACGGCGUUCCCACACGUGAUCUGAUACGGAUGCAUGACCGAGCGCCCUCAGCCAGAUAUAAAACAAAAAAAUAUUUUUUGAAAAAAAAAUCAAAAACUGAGAUUUUGGGAAUUUACUUUUACGGUUUUCUUCCACUUUAUACAAUAAAUUAUUAGAAUAAAUUAAAACAUAAUGGAUAAUUUAAAUGGAUCAAUUGAAAAUACAACAAUAAAUAUUACAGAUGAUAUUGAUUUACCUGGUCUACGUGUACCCGAUAUGAAACGUAUUAAAAAUGCACGUAAAGAACGUGCAAAUCAAUUAAAAGAAUGGCAAAUUUAUGAUAAAAAAAUGCAAAAAGAAUCAGAAAAAUUACAAAAAAAAGGAUUAUCUCCAUUAAAUGAUAGAAGACAUUAUAAUUCUAAUCGAGUUGUAAAAUUUCCUCAAAGUUUAAUAUUUUUAGAAGCUGCUGCACGAGGAGAUCUAGAUGAAGUUCGUGAAUUACUUAGCAGUGGAGUCUGUCCAGAUGUAGCCAACGAGGAUGGAUUAACAGCAUUACAUCAGUGUUGUAUUGAUAACAAUUUGGAAAUGUGUCGGUUACUUCUUCGAUAUGGAGCAAAUCCUAAUUCUCGUGACACAGAACUAUGGACUCCAUUACAUGCGUCAGCUACAUGUCAUCAUACAGAGAUGUGUAAAAUUCUAAUUGAUCACGGUGCAGAUCUACUAGCUAUGAAUGUUGAUGGUAAUAUGCCUUAUGAAUGUUGUAUGCCUGGACCAACACUGAAUUUAGUAGAAACCGAAAUGGAUAAAAGAGGCAUAACACAAGAAGAAAUAGACGAUUGGCAUCGGGUGCCAGAAUGUGAAAUGCUUGCAGAUAUGGAAGCCUUAUACAAAGCUGGUGCAGACCUUGAUCGACUAGAUGCACAAGGAGCAUCUAUGUUACACAUCGCAGCUGCUAGUGGCUUUGAAGAAGUUGUUUUAUUUUUGUUAAAACGUGGAGCAAAAAUUGAUCUUCUUGAUAAAGAUGGUUGGCAAGCAAUACAUAUUGCAGCUUGUUGGUGUCAAUUAGAAAUUGUUGAAUUACUUGUAAAUUUCGGUGCAGAUAUAUUAGCUGAAACUAAAAAUGGUGAAACAGUAUUUGAUAUAUGUGAAGAUAUUGAAAUGCAUACACGUCUAAUUGAAAUUAAACAAGAAGUAGAAAGAAAAAAAUCUCAACAACAAGAUUUACUUAAUAAACCUGGUAAACCACGUGAAUUAGUACGUCGACGUAGUAGUACAAAUCCAAGAAGUGCAUCUAUUCGUCGAACAAGUAUGAGAGAAAAAAAAAUGAUCUCUUGGAAAGAAGCUAAACAAGAGGCUGAAAUGCGUGGUGUAGCUACAGCAUCAUCAGAUGAAAAGAAUACAUCAAAACCUUUAAGUCCUAUACCCAAUGGAUCUACAGAUCAUAUUCUUCAAAAAUCUACAACCUAUCCAGAAUCCCAUGAACUUACUAGUCCAAAAACUAUUCGUGGUUCCACACGUAGUUCACAUCCCGGUCAUUCCUCAAAAUCUUCAAUCCCACCAACAUCGUCUCCAAUUUUAGCUGGUGUAGUAACGCAUCAUGGUAGCUCUUGGUCGGGCAAAGUACAACAAAACGACACUGUUACUGAAGUUAACGGUCCUACUCCAUCACCUAAUCUUCGUAAUUCAUCCAGAAUGAAAGAUAAAGAGGUCAACCCAUCCAAGCGCAACAACCCACAGUCUACACUAAAUAACGACUCUGGUCCAAUAGGUGUUGUCAGUCCAUCUCCUGUUGCACCUCAUCGUACAGGCCAUGAUAAAGAAAGAAUUGUCAGAGUUCCGUCGGGUCCUGUACAAAAUCCUGAAAAUGUCGGCACAUUGACACGACGACCUCAACAGACAGAAUACGGAAGUAAAUCUCCACCAAUCAGCUCACCCGACCUAUCACCUCAACAUCAUACUCUAAGUCCUCAACUACGUCAGUCAAAAAGUCGAACAAUAUCUGGCGUUGAAGGGUUAGCUAAUCCAGAUCAGUCUGGCACUCACCUUAAGGCUCGAGUAAGUAGCCAUGAUAAUGCAUACGCAUCUUCUCUUCCUCGACGCGAUAACAAUAACCAGACGACUGAUUUAAACAAUCAACCGGUUCGUGGAGAAAGACGUUCCUCCACGAGGAAGAAAAAACCAAUAUUAUCAGAGCAAAAGCCAUCAAGAAAUGACAAUAGAGAAACUGGUAUUUCAGUACAUAAUGCAUAUUGUGCACUGCCGUCUAAUAAUCCGUUUCAAAACAAUCAACUUCGUAAUGAAGAAAAUCAUCCUGACAGCCAAAAUAUUAUUCUACGUUCUCCAAACAUCAAUCGCAAUGAUGUUAAACAAACAACUAGAAGUAGAAUUACUUCAGGUCAACAAAGUAGUUCAGGACAAGUUGUACAUGCUACAGCAUCUCUACCAAGAAGGGAGUUAAUCAAUUAUGGAGAUGAUUUAGGCUCCAGACCGAGUGGUAAAUGUUGUGUAAUAAUGUAAUCAAACAAUACUUGAUCAUAACCAUUCUUUUCAUUUUAAAUUUAUUAUACAUUGUCUAUUUUACAAUCACGAACCUUUCCAUAUAUACAUAUGUAAUCCUGUAACAACAAAAAAAUCAGAGUUCGCUAACUCAGUGAUAUAUGCAAACAAAGCGUCUGACCUAUCUCAUAUUAUCAUAAUCUUACUGAAACCAUCAAAAUAUUGUACAUAUCUAUUCAAAUUCCAUUUUUCCUCCUCUUUGUUUUUGCUUGAUUCUCUUUUUACCAGUUUUUUUUUCCUUAUCUAUACAGUUAGCAAUUGAAUGAAAUAAAAAAACAAACAGUAAACAGAUUACUUCAUCACGUCCAAGUUUGAUGUUUUCACAGUCUUAACUUACCAAAUCAAAAUAGUAUUUUCUAAGUUAAAUGAUUUUAAUUUUGUUCAUGAAUUUAUUUAUUUAUUUUCAGUUACUUUUUUUUAAAAAAUUAGAAAAUGAAAAAACAUUACUGUGUUUACUGAAUUCAACAAAAUGUCAUGUCCAUGUAAUUAUAUAUAUGAAUGAUUGAUUUUGGCCACAAUACCCUUUUAUACAUGGUUGUUUAGUGAUAUCCAGAGUAUUAUCUGAUAAAAUUUUAUGUAAUGUAUAAGAAAAGCAACAAAUUGAUUAGGUUAUCU